AGAGUGAGCACAGCAUGCGCCUUUGGUCUGUGUGCAACCAUUGAUUCUUAAUGGUAUAGAAGAAAUGGAAGAUAAAGUGACUAGUCCAGAAAAAGCUGAAGAAGCAAAAUUAAAAGCAAGGUAUCCUCAUCUGGGACAAAAGCCUGGAGGUUCAGAUUUCUUAAGGAAACGAUUACAGAAAGGGCAAAAAUAUUUUGAUUCUGGCGAUUACAACAUGGCUAAAGCAAAAAUGAAGAACAAGCAACUUCCUACUGCAGCUCCUGAUAAGACGGAGGUCACUGGUGACCACAUUCCCACUCCACAAGACCUUCCUCAACGAAAACCAUCCCUUGUUGCUAGCAAGCUGGCUGGCUGAUUAAAAGAGCUGAACUGCAUGAAUCUUCUAAUUCCCAUUAUUUCUCCCUAAUAUGUUACUUAUCUACAUCUUAUUUCCUUUCACUCACUAAGUCAUUUGAAACUGACAGCUUUGCGGGUAGCAGUAGUGUACUGCUAUUGUAAGGGGAUAUACAUGUGUAGAGUUUUUGAUUAGUUUAACAGUGCACUGAUGGGAAGGACAUGUUAGAGCAACAUAAGUAAUCUACUUGAAAAUAAUUGUAUAUAUUAUCUAACUCCUAGUGUAGUACCGGUUCCAACAAGUAACAAGCAAGUUUUAACAUUUUUAAUGUUUUGGCUUUCAUUACUUCACCUUAAUUAUAGCUUUGUAUGUGACUCUUAUUUAAUAUAACCUCUAUUGUAUUGAUUUAUUCUGUAUCCUGGAUUUUGUAAAACAGAAGUUUAAGACCACAAGUUAGAAGAAAGGUCAUUUAUAUCAAACACAAAUAGAUGGGGCUCCAAUAGAUUUGUAUCUCUGCUUGACCUUGAAUGGCCUUAAACCUGUUUCAGCUUUAACAGUAGAACUUUACUUGGGCAAUAUUUGCCCAUUCUGGUGUAACUUAUGUGACUCUAAUGCUUAACAGCUGCCGUUGAAGCUAGUAUUCUUAUUCAGUUCUGUAGUGUUAGAAUACCUUUUGUUGCUGAAGAUGUGAAUGAAGUGUGCAUGUGCAUCGACUGUUGAAUUCACUUUUGUGCCAUUUUUGUAAAUACAAUAGUUUUGCACAACCUCUCACAAAUGUCUGUAUUAAUUUCACAUAUUAAAAAGUAGAUCAUGUGCCAAUAAGAAGCACAAGAGUUCCUACACAAAACUAUAUCUUUACAGCAUUUGUAUAAGAAUAGUUUAUAAUCUCGGGCUUAUAGAAUACCAAACUGAAAUCUUUGUUUAGUCUGUCAUAGACUUAAGGUUUUCAUUUGUUACUAAUAUCCAUGACAUUCAGUGGCCUUGUGCAAAUAUGAUAUGUUGCUUAGGCAUAUCUUUUGUCCUAUGCAGAACUUUUCAUUUUGACUUUUAUGAAAAUUGCAAUUCAUAUAAUUUAUAUAAACUUUUUAAAUGUAGAAACUUUUUACUUCCACACUCAACUUUGGAGACACUAGUGUAAAAGACUUCAGUAUUCUGCCUUCUGUGCACCCCCCUGCCUUUUGGGGUUUUUUGUUGUUUUUGCUUCUUUGAUUACCAUUCUAUUGGUGUGUUUGGUCUAUAUGGAGCAUAGAUGUCCAUAUCCUUACUCUUUAAAUUUGCUCUGCUGAAUGCUGUAAUUUAUAACACAAUACUGGUGUUUUCCUUCUAACUUCUCAUCUGUUAAUUAACCACUCUUAAUUUUUUAUUAUUACUAAUAUUUGAGAGUUGUUUAAAUAAAAGGAACUUUAUAAUGAAACAAAUAGUUCAAAGAGUGGCCCAAGAACGUGUGUCAAAAUGAGCUGAAUUUUGGUAAAUAAUUUUAAGUAAUUAUGGCGAGCUAAGUGAAUUAGGCUUGUGACAAUUAGAGUAAUUUACAUGACAAAACUUAUUAAUAUUUAAAAUAGGUAUUGGCUUCAAUAGGUGUCACUAUCAUAAAAUAUCGACUUAAUUUUACUUGUAAUUUAUCUAACUAGAACCUUAAUAGACUAUUGGGACAGGUUUUUUGACUUGUACAGAGCCUCCCCUUUUUUGGAUCCAGACAUCUUUUCAGGAUAUUGGUUCCAAUUCUGUGUCUGCUUUCCUAUGAUUUCCAAAUCAUAGUAGAUGGUGCCUUGAACAUAGCACCUUCACUUAAAGGCUACCUAGUGCUCUGAGGAAAGCUCCUGCUCUACCCACCCCAAAAGACAGAAAAGCAGCAAAAUCAGUACUGUGCUCAUUUGUAAUUGUAAGGAUCAGUUAUGUAUAUAUUUGUAAUGAGAGCAACUAGGUUAUUCCACAAUGUGUAUACUCAUUAUGGAAUCAACUUUUAAGAAUUAAAAAAUAUCCCAAAGUAGAAUUCUAUCUAGUCUUUUACACUCAUGAAUAUUUGCAAGCUAUCACCAUUAAAUUCACACAUCAAAGAAAAUUAAUCGGAAAGAUUAGAGAGACCAUGUUAUUCCUGUCUGUGAUAGGGCUCCUCCUGCGGUUUGGGACAAGUAACAUAACAUCUCCUUAAUUUUUGUUUUCAAAUAUACUGUUAAAAAUAUUUGAUCUACCUCAAAACUUAUUGAGGAUCGUGAAAUGCUGAGUAAGUGCCCAAAAUAAAAUAUUGCUGAUUAUCUUUUUUAUUAAAAAUAAAUUUCCUCAUUAAGCCAACCUGCCUUCUAUAAAGUCACAGUGCUUAAACCUCAGGAUUUUUCAUUAGGAAAGAGCUGUCAUGAAGGAUUUGCAGGUAAAAUUGCUUAGCCUCCAUUAUUGGUGCUUAGGAUAGAGAGGUUUUAGAUUUUUCCCUUUUUGUUCUUCCCCAAAGCUUAGUUUGUUGAGGACAUACUUGCAGGCUGUUUGAUCAUCAGUUGAGUGCAGAUUUUGACGAUGUGCUUAACUGCAUUUCUGUGAUUUCAAAAUUGUAGCCUAAGAAACAACUGAUUUUAAUAAUUGUCCUGUUUAUCAUAAAUCAGUGUUAGAGUAAGCUGAAAUUAGAGGUAACGAAUACUUCAUGAAAACUGGCUAAAGUCUAAAAUAAAUUACCUGUUUUAUGUCCAGUAGCUCCCACUUUUGAUAGUACAGUUUUGAGAAACAUUAAUAACAUCUGUCUGAAAUAAUUACAGUUCUUGACAAAUUGGGAUAAUAAGGAUUGUUGGAUUAUUUCAGUGAACUGGAAGGAUCAUGUUUGUAGUAUACAAGUUAUUCAAUAGUCUCGUGCUGUUGACCUUAAAAUAUGUCUUAACCGUUCAUCAUGGCAAGCCUGGCAAAGCCUCUACUUGAUACUACUUCAACAGUUGGAAUUAGUUGCUCUUUUUACUUGAUGAAACAAAAUACCUCUGAAUAUUUAUGGAUACUUUUUACUAAAUCAGGCUUGUAUUUCUCAAUCCAAAUUAGUGAAGCUUUUUCACAGCCGAAACGUAAUACAGUAGUCCCACCUUACCCAGGGGGUAUGUAUUCCAAGACUUCCAGUGGAUGCCCAAAACCUCAGAUGGUACCAAACCCUUGAUAUGCUGUGUUUUUUCAAUCUGACAACCAAGAUGGCUACUAAGUGACUAAUGAGCAAGUAGCUUAUGGAUUCUAUGAACAAAGUGAUGAUUCACAUCCCAGCAAGGACAGAGAUUUCAUCACACUACUUGGAACAGCAUGUAGUUUAACACUAGGAAUUUUUUACUUCUGGAAUUUUCCAUGUGAUAUUGUCAAACAGUUUACUGUAGGUAACAAACCAUGGAAAGUGAAACUACAGAUGGUGGAGGGACUACUACUGUAUCCAAAUUGAGCUCUAAAAUUGGUGUUUGGUGGUCAGGAGCAGGUGGCCUGUGGAAGAGCACUUCUGAGCAGUUUCUCCAUUGGCCUUUUCACAUCCCCCAACUUUUAAACAUUUUUUUCCACUUUUCAUUUAACUUCUUUCACCAUCUCUUGCCUCACCACCCCCCAACUCUGAUAAUUCCUUAUAAGAGCUCACUGAUGGCACUCAUUAAAUGGCAUUUUGCACUGAUUAUUCUUAAAUAUCCUUUCCAACAUGCCACAAUUUAGGGCACAUUUUUAAUUUUCUAAAAUAAUAUCACAAUCUGAAUAAUGACCAACGUGAGCCACUGUUCCAACUCUAACUCACAUGCACUGCCUGUCUUCCCCUAUAUCUCCUCCCCUCAACUCUCACCAGGCCUUGUAAAAUUGGGAUCAAAGAAAUCUCAGUCAUUGUUAAUCUAAGGAUAAAAACACUGAUUCUAAUACAGUUUUACUAGUUCCGGCAUUCUAAGUAGGUAGGCCUACUGGUUUUAUUCUGCAAAUCACUGGUCAUGAUAGCCAUUAAUGUAUUGUUUUAUGUUACUUAUCAACUAUAUAGCAGCUGGAAGAAAACAUCUCACUUCCUUAAUAUUAUGUCCUCAAAUCUGUUACUGCAUCUCUAGCAUUUGUGAUGCAAUAGGACACUGUAUUAAAAGGGUCAAGAGGAAUGCCUUUUUGUUAAACAUGUCUAGAGAGUUGGCAGUUAAUGCUGAAAUAUGUUGAAUAGCUCUUCCAAAAUUAAACUUGUGAAAUAUACAAAAAAUAAACGGAUCUACCUAA